AUGCUUAGGGUAGCGGAACCCCGAGAGGCACGGGUGGAGGCCGGUGGCCGUAAUCCCUGGGCAGCGCCACCCACGCAAUCCAAGCGACUCACCUCCUUCCUCAUUCAGGACAUCCUGCGGGACCGCGCGGAACGGCGCGGGGGACACGCGGGCAGCCCGCAGCACCAGCGCCAGCAGGACCCUAGAAAGGACCCUGCUCCAGAGUCCAACGAAGCAGGGGGUCGCAGCGUGGCUCCGGAGGACCCGCCAAGUAUCCGGCCCAGCCCCACGGAGACGCCGGCUGAACCCGAGUCAAAUGCACAUUUUGAGACUUAUCUGUUGGACUGUGAACAUACUCCAGGGGACUUGUCAAGUGCCCCCCAGGUCACCAAGCAGCCGCAGAAGCGCUCCAGGGCUGCCUUCUCUCACACUCAGGUGAUUGAGUUAGAGAGGAAGUUCAGCCAUCAGAAGUACCUGUCUGCCCCUGAAAGGGCCCAUCUGGCCAAGAACCUCAAACUCACCGAAACCCAAGUAAAAAUAUGGUUCCAGAACAGACGCUAUAAGACUAAGAGAAAGCAACUGUCGGAAGACCUGGGAGCCCUGGAGAAGAACUCACCGUUGUCUUUGCCAGCCCUGAAAGAUAACAGCCUGUCCAGUGCCUCACUGGUCUCUGUGUAUACCAGCUACCCCUAUUACCCCUACCUGUACUGUCUGGGCAGUUGGCAUCCAACAUUCUGGUAA